AUGCGGGUGCACCUGGGCGCGCUGGCGGGCGCGGCGGCGCUGACCGGGGCGCUCAGCUUCGUGCUCCUGGCGGCCGCCAUCGGCACGGACUUCUGGUACAUCAUCGACACCGAGCGGCUGGAGAGGAGCGGCCCGGGGGCGCAGGACCCGCAAGGGGCCGCCAACCGCAGCCAGCCCGAGCCGCUGAGCUCCCACUCCGGUCUCUGGCGGACCUGCCGGGUGCAGAGCCCGUGCGCGCCGCUGAUGAACCCCUUCUGGCAGGAGAACGUGACUCUCAGCGACUCGAGCCGACAACUUCUCACCAUGCAUGGGAUGUUUGUGAUUCUCCUGCCUCUCAGCCUGAUCCUGAUGGUUUUCGGGGGGAUGAUGGGGUUUCUGAGCUUCCUCCUCCGUGCCUACCUCCUCCUGCUGCUCACUGGGACUCUCUUCCUCUUUGGAGCCUCAGUGACCCUUGCUGGGAUUAGCAUCUACAUUGCGUACUCAGCUGCGGCCUUCCGACAGGCACUGUGUCUCCUGGAGGAGAAGGCACUCCUGGACCAGGUGGACAUCCUCUUCGGCUGGUCCCUGGCCCUGGGCUGGAUCAGUUUCGUCGCCGAGCUGCUCACUGGGGCAGCCUUCCUGGCAGCAGCCCGUGUGCUCGGCCUGAGACGGAGGCAGGACCAGGCCAUAUGAGCCUAGACGCCGCCAGGUUGUGGUUGUGGAGGG